AUUCAGCUUCGAGAUCCACCAACCCAGGACAAUGGAAGUCCAUGAGUUGUUGCGGUAUUUUCGAAUGCCAGAGCUGGUUGACUUCCGACAGUACGUCCGCAGUCUUCCAACCAACACGCUGGUGGGCUUCGGAGCUUUUGCAGUGCUCACCACGUUCUGGUAUGCCACAAGACCCAAAGCCCUGAAACCACCGUGUGACCUCUCUAUGCAGUCGGUGGAAGUGGCGGGUAGUGAUGGUGCUCGAAGAUCCGCGCUGCUUGAUAGCGAUGAGCCCUUGGUGUAUUUCUAUGAUGAUGUCAGAACCUUGUAUGACUGCUUCCAGAGGGGUAUACAGGUGUCAGAUAAUGGGCCUUGUUUAGGCUCUCGGAAACCAGACCAACCCUAUGAAUGGCUUUCCUACAAGGAGGUUGCAGAAUUGUCAGAAUGUGUGGGCUCGGCGCUGAUCCAGAAGGGCUUCAAGACCUCCCCAGAUCAGUUCAUUGGCAUCUUUGCUCAAAACAGACCUGAGUGGGUGAUUAUUGAACAGGGGUGCUUUGCUUAUUCCAUGGUGGUGGUUCCACUUUAUGAUACCCUUGGAUCAGAAGCAGUCCCAUACAUAAUUAACAAAGCUGAACUCUCUCUGGUGUUUGUUGACAAGGCAGAGAAGGCCAAUUUCUUAUUAGAUUGUGUAGAGAAUAAGUUAAUACCAGGCCUUAAAAUCAUAGUUGUCAUGGAGUCUUACGGCAGUGAUGUGGUGGAACGUGGCAAGAAGUGUGGGGUGGAAAUCAUCAGCAUGAAAGCACUGCAGAAUCUGGGAAGAGCCAACAGACAGAAGCCCAAGCCCCCAGCACCUGAAGAUCUUGCAAUAAUUUGUUUCACCAGUGGAACUACAGGCAACCCCAAAGGAGCACUGAUCACCCAUCAAAAUAUAAUGUGUGAUUGCUCAGCUUUUGUGAAAAUAACAGAGAAUACAGUCACUCCUUGCCCAGAUGAUACUUUAAUUUCUUUCUUGCCUCUGGCCCAUAUGUUUGAGAGAGUUGUAGAGUGUGUGAUGCUGUGUCAUGGAGCUAAAAUAGGAUUUUUCCAAGGAGAUAUCAGGCUACUUAUGGAUGACCUCAAGGUGCUUCAACCCACUAUCUUUCCUGUCGUUCCCAGACUGCUGAACCGGAUGUUUGACCGAAUUUUUGCACAAGCAGACACCACACUGAAACGGUGGCUGCUGGACUUUGCCUCCAAGAGGAAAGAAGCAGAGCUUCGCAGCGGCAUCAUUAGAAACAACAGUCUGUGGGAUAAACUCAUCUUCCACAAAAUACAGUCGAGUCUGGGAGGAAAAGUCAGGAUGAUGGUGACAGGAGCUGCACCAGUGUCUGCUACGGUGCUGACGUUUCUGCGAGCGGCGCUUGGCUGUCAGUUUUACGAAGGCUACGGACAGACAGAGUGCACUGCCGGCUGCUGCCUGACUGUGCCUGGAGACUGGACAGCAGGCCAUGUUGGUGCCCCAAUGCCUUGCAAUUUAAUAAAACUUGUUGAUGUAGAAGAAAUGAAUUACAUGGCUGCCAAGGGCGAGGGUGAGGUGUGUGUGAAGGGGCCAAAUGUGUUUAAGGGCUACUUGAAGGACCCAGCAAAAACAGCAGAAGCUUUGGAUAAAGAUGGCUGGCUGCACACCGGGGACGUUGGGAAAUGGUUACCAAAUGGCACCUUGAAGAUUAUCGACAGGAAAAAGCACAUAUUUAAACUGGCACAAGGAGAAUACAUAGCCCCUGAAAAAAUUGAAACGAUCUACGUACGAAGUGAACCUGUUGCUCAGGUGUUUGUACACGGAGAAAGCUUGCAGUCAUUUCUUAUAGCAAUUGUGGUACCUGAUGUUGAGACAUUAUGUCCCUGGGCCAAAAAGAGAGGACUUGAAGGAUCCUUGGAAGAACUGUGCAGAAAUAAGGAUGUCAAAAAAGCUAUCCUGGAAGACAUGGUGAGACUUGGAAAGGAUUCUGGUCUGAAACCAUUUGAACAGAUCAAAGGCAUUGCCCUACACCUUGAAUUAUUUUCUGUCGACAAUGGCCUGCUGACUCCAACAAUGAAGGCUAAAAGACCAGAGUUACGGAAUUAUUUCAGGUCUCAGAUAGAGGAACUUUAUUCUACCAUCAAGGUCUAAUGUGAAGAAGAAAGCUUGGGAAAAAGAAAACCGCACACCUCCACAAUCUCUUCUUCUACUGAUGGCCUUUGGUUGGUAAUUUUGACUACAGCAAACACACGGAAGGAAACGUUAGUGUUGGACUUGUCCACUCGAGGUUCUUGUCAUUGGGCUGUUAGAGGAAACGGAACACUGCCUUAUGGUCACCUCAUGUUGCAGGCCAUGUUUAUAGUGAUAAACAAUUUCCAAAGUGAGCCUUAAAAAUUGUAAAGGGGAAACUGUAAAUGUGCUAAGUUAUUUGAGACUUCUUCAGUUAAAAAGGUGGGUGUUAAAACUUCUGUCUCUCUGUUUUGCUAACCAAGGGGUUAGGACUUUGCUGUUUCUGAGAUGUCUGCUACUUGCUGCAGAUUCUGCAGUUUUCUGCUGCUGUAAAGAGUACAGUGCCCUGGAGGGAAACUGUCCAGGCUGGAGAAUGUCAGAGUGGACCAGAGACUUUUUGAAUCCCUGCUCACUCCUUCCCAUCUCACACACACUCACACGUCCCUUCCCCAUCUCAUACACACUCACACGUCCCUUCUCAUUCCCUUCCCUUCCCAUAUCACACACAAUCACACGCCCCUUCUCAUUCCCUUCCCUUCCCAUCUCACACACAAUCACACUUUCCUUCUCUUCCCCAUCUCACGCAGACUCACACGUCCCUUCUGAUUCCCUUCCCUUCCUUCCCAUCUCACGUGCACUCACACGUCCCUUCUGAUGAAGGGUUUUGAAGUGCAUGCUGUUCUCUGCAGUCCCCCCUUGUUCUUUUUGGAGUGUAAGACCCACAGGAAACUGAAGGACAGCGCCAGUUCACAGCAGUGCAGAUGCUGAGUCUCAGAUGGAUAGAUGCUCACCAGAGCAGAUGGAUUCUCGCUCAUACCCCGUUCUCUAGACCUGGUUCCCUCCCUCCAUCCCUUCCCAAGGAUAAAUGAAAAAUCUGCCUUAGACUACAGUGAAGACAAGCAUUUCAGGAAGGAGAUAAUGACCUGGAUCAACCAUGCCCAACUGUGACGCCUGAGUAACUGUCCACUUCAUCUUCACUGCAGUAGUCACUCUGUGUUUGUAAUGGCCAACAGAUUUUUAAUGUGGUUUUCAUAUCAAAAAACGAUCAUCCUGUGAUUAACUUGCUUUUUUCCCCCCAAGAAUAAACUCUCAGGCAAAGCAUGUCUUUAAAAAUAAUAUUAAGGGAGUAGAUUUUCUUGGGUAUUUGUUGAAAUGGACAGUAAUACGCAAAUGUUCUUGUAUGAUAAUGCUACCUGAUUUCUAUGAAAUGUAUUUUACAAGCCAAAAUUCUAGGAUGUUGAAAUUUGGAAAAAUAAUUUCCUGGGAUUAACUUCUCAAGGGACUUUUUUAAAAGUUAAUUUGGGAAAUUAGCAGCCUUUCAUUUUACUGCAGGCUUUUGCCACGUUUGACUAAGUUGUCAUUUAUACAUUUAAAGCAGUUGUUCUUGGAUAUGAGAGAGUACAUAUAUUAAUCAAGCACAACAGGGUUUGCACUAAAGAAUUGUCAUUGUAAUAACACUAGCCUAACUUCAUAUGUUUAUUGUUAAUUGCAUAAAAAGUCAAUAAUUUGUCACAUUGGGGUUUUGAAUGUUUGCUUUACGUGUUGGCUAUUUCUAUGUUUUAUAAACCAAAACAGAAUUUCCAAAAACAAUGAAGGAAACCAAAAUAAAUAUUACUGCAUUUCAAGUGAG